CAAUUGAAGAACGCCAGCAACGACUGGCGGCAUAUGAGGAACCGUCAAGUGGACUGCUGUUGAAGUUCAAAUAUCCGAAUGGAUUUAUCAGAAAGAGAACUUUCAAUGUGUCGGACCCAAUUCAGGUCUUGUUUGACUUUGUCGGACAAGAUGAAAUGGCAAGUGAAAUAUUCAGUGUUCAACAAGCAACAUCAUCCAAACCAAUUGAGAGUACCUCAUCAGGCUCACUUAUGGAUCAUGGCAUAACAACAUCUGCAACUCUGUACGUGCUUUGGAUUUCAACUCUAGAUAUUCAGGAAAGGUGUCCAGUUCAGGCGAAUGUAGUGCUGGAGCAGUCACUGUCUUCGGUCCAAAGUCUACAGACAUCGCUUUCUGACCAAGCACUGACAUCUUUGUCAGCCCAGUCACCACUGGCCCCAGCAUCUCCUCAAGUGCUGUCGACCAUGCUCAACUCCCCAGAAACAUCAACUUCGUUCUCCUCCCAGGCAACUGUGUCCCAGCCCUCCACUCAAGUGAUGACCAUUGAGGACCAGGCAUCAGCUUCUCCAUUUACUGAGCAACCUGUAAUUCUCCUGGAAGACCAAGAAGAGCCACCUGAGUCUCCACAACAUCCACCAGAGUUGCCUUUGGAUGAAACAGAUCUUCAGACUAUAUUAGCAAAACUAUACAGCAAGGUUGAUAUGACUUUCUCUCCUACAAGCAACCAAAUAAAUGUGUGCAGAGACAGGAUUUUAGAAUGUAGCCUGCAUGCCUUCAGAAGACGCCGUUUUGAUCCAGCAGCAAAACUGGAUGUUAUUUUUGUGGAUGAAGAGGACAACGCUGAAGGGGCAGUUGAUGAAGGUGGUCCCACACGGGAGUAUCUAAGACUGUUAAUGAGGGCCAUUCAUCAAUCUAAUGUGUUUGAGGGGCAUGAGAAUGACCGCCAUCUAGCUUUGGACACUAGUGCGCUGGAGUCAAAAAUGUACAACUGUAUUGGAAAAAUGAUAUCAGUCUGUUUGGUGCAUGGAGGCAUUGGACCACAUUUCUUCUCUCAAAGGCUGUAUGACCAGAUUUGUGGCACAUUGUCUCAACCUACCCUGGUUGAGGAAGUUGUUAACCAUUCAUUCAGACAGCAGUUGAUCAAAAUUCAGGAUACAAACACAAUCGUGGAGGCAAACGAAGCCAUUAUGCAGGCAGCAGAUACCCUGAGCAUUGUUGGAGCAUUAAGGCGUGUAACUACUCUGGAAGAGAGGGACUCCCUUGUGCAAUCUGCUGCAGACUUCUUUGUAAAUGGCCGAGUGUGCACUUCAUUGCAACAGUUUAUGGAAGGUUUGAAGACUCUUAAUGUGCUAGACGAGAUUCAGAAAAACCCUGAAGUCUUUCAUGAAUUGUUUGUCUGUGAGGAGAAACCACUCUUGGCACGGGACCUGUACACACUUUUCCAAGUGUGUUUUUCUGUGCAAGGCAGCAAUAAAAGGAGGAUAGAAAAUCAAACCAUAUGCUACUGGAGAGACUGGUUGGUGGAUAUUGAAGGUACAAUUAUUGUGAUACUGUAAACACAAUCUGUAUCAAUUACAUUUUAUGACCGAUAUAUCACCACUGUCCAAAAAGAAGUAAUCAUAGUUUGAGUACAGAGGCAGACUUUCUAAAUGACUAGUGACAGGACCAAAAACAGUUAAAUUACUAGAAAAAUCUAUUUCCUGGAAAGUCUUUUUGUUAAGCUGCCAUAGAAAUUGUCUGUCAUUUACCAGUGAAUAUAUAUAUAUUGGGUAAUUUGUUGCAUAAAUGCAUACUUUUACAUACUAUUUACAAUGAUCAUGCUUAGUCAUUUUUCAUCUUCAAAAUGUUUAUUGAUUUAUAUUUACUAACAAGAAAUGCAUUGUCACCACCAAUAUAACAAGAUUGAGGAGGAACAAGGACAGAUAUUUAACACAUUUUCUUCCAUGUCUUUAAGAGUACGUACACACUGGAUACCUUAUAACAAAAGUAAUAAUUUCAACAUUUUGUCUUUCAGAAGGAGAAUGCAGUUCCAUUACCCUUGAAAUGAUACUGGAGUUCGCUUCCGGAGCAUCCACGGUACCUCCACUGGGCUUUCCCCAUCGUCCACAAAUUGAAUUCCUCCAUGAGGCUAACAGAGUCUUCCCAGAAGCAAAUACUUGCCUUGUAGUACUCCGCCUUCCUGUACACCCAGACUAUGAGUCUUUCACAAAGUACAUGACAGACGGGGUGCUGCAGGCACCUACCUUUGGUGUUGCAUAAUCAGCUAAGUGUAAUAAGCAGUUCUUUUAAAAAAGAGUUGGAACGUUUUGAAAAGUUAAGUGUUUUAAAGCAAGUUAUAGUAAGGGUAAUGUAAUGGCCAAACUUGGAAAAUAUUGAAAUGUAAUGUAAUUGCUUCUUUUUUUUUCUUGCAAAGAAUAGAUGUCUUAUUAACCACUUUUUGGUUUCAUAAUUUAAAGGUGGAUGUUUGAGCCACACUGCAAAAACAAAAGGUCUUAUCAAGUAGUUUUGGACUACUUUCUAGUGCAAAUUUCUUAGUACACUAGAGAUAAAACUAAUAUACAUGUAACUUUUCAUCAAGAUAUGAGCUUGUUUUAAGUCUAAUUAUUUAGCAUUGUU